AUGCGCAUAUCAUGGCUUCUUCUUCUCUCGACCGCGGCGGCGGUCGAACUGGACGUGGAUGAUCCAGAUUCGAUCAAAUCGGUCUCCAGGCAAGUCGCGACGAAUAUGCUCUCAUACUAUACCGGUAUGAACCCUGGCGACAAUCCGGGAAACCUCCCGGACCCGUACUACUGGUGGGAAGCCGGCGCGAUGUUCGCAUCGCUAGUCGAUUAUUGGUUCUAUACCGGCGAUGACACCUGGAACGAUAUCACAACGCAGGCUAUUCUCUGGCAAGCUGGAGGCGAGGGGACAUUCAUGCCUGAGAACCAGACACGGACCGAAGGGAACGAUGACCAGAGUUUUUGGGCCUUUGCGGCCAUGUCCGCCGCGGAGCGCAACUAUCCCAAUCCACCGGACGACAAACCUGGGUGGUUGGCUAUGGCGCAGGCUGUUUUCAAUACCCAGGCAGCUCGUUGGGACACAGGGAGUUGCUCCGGAGGGCUAAAAUGGCAAAUAUUCACUUUCAACAACGGGUACGAUUAUAAAAACACAAUCUCAAACGGAUGCUUCUUCAACCUGGCCGCGCGUUUAGCCAAAUACACCGGCAAUCAAACGUAUGCCGACUGGGCGGACCGCAUCUGGGACUGGACCAAGAGCGUUGGUUUCAUGACGGACGAAUAUCAGUUCUGGGACGGGGCUGAUGAUCGACAAAACUGUUCGGAAUUCAACCGCAUUGAGUGGACGUACAAUUCGGGGGUGUAUCUCUUAGGCGCAGCGACAAUGUUCAAUUUCACCGAAGGUGAUCCCGUCUGGAAAGAACGAACACAGAAUAUCCUCAACGCUACAACGGCCGCCUUCUUCACCGAUUCGGUCAUGUACGAGCGCGCCUGCGAGCCGGUCGACACUUGUCAGGUUGACCAGCGCGGUUUCAAAGGUUACACGGCGCGCUGGAUGGCCUCUUCGACUCAGAUGGCUCCCUUCACAUAUGAUCAUGUAAUGCCUCUUCUGCGUGCAUCCGCUGAAGCAGCUGCGGAAACCUGCACCGGUGGAGAUGACGGUCUAGCCUGUGGGCAGAAGUGGGUAACCAGGAAAUGGGAGGGUGAGGAAGAUGUUGGACUGCAAAUGGCAGCGCUCGAAGUCAUUCAGUCGAAUCUGAUCAGUCGUGUUGAUCCCCCGGUGACCGACGAGCACGGUGGAACCAGUAAAGGCAACCCCGGUGGUGGGUCAACGCCACCAGAACCGAAGCCUUCUAGUUUGACGAUGGAUAUCACGACGAAGGACAGAGCCGGGGCGGGCGUGCUUACCGGGAUGGUGGCUUUAAUAGUGAUCGGUUCGACAGGAUGGCUUGUCUGGGAUUAA